AUGGCGCCUCCUGUAGAAGACUCACCAGCAAUGCCUCGCAAGUUCUCCGACAUCCCCUUUGCUGAGUUAGGGGCUGUCCACCCAGAUGGUAAUGCAGUUGGUCCUGCGGAAAGGUUUUAUAAGUGUAGUGGUGAAAAGUAUGAUGAGUUGAUGGCAAUGGGAAUUGGUCUCAACAGCGAGGACUCACGUGAGAUUGGUAAUAUUGAUAUUGAACCGUACAAGUCCAUGAAGUUGAAGAAAAAGGUCACUCCAACUCAGAAGAACAUGGUAGAUGAGAUCAAACGUCGUGCCUACUGUGAUGGUAUCACGGAACCCAAGUGUGUCUAUUGGGAGAGGAAGAAGUGUCUCGCAUGGUUGAAAGCAUAUCCGGUGACUAACCCAAAUGACUGCUCCUUCAUCAUCGCGGAAGAAAAGAAGCUGUUCAACUUGAUUAAUAAGGCAACGCAAGAAAAGCUUGAUGAGAAGAAAGAAAAAGCCUCAUCGUGGACCACAGUGGAGCCGUACCUUCGUCUCAUUGAGUGCAUGAUGGACGAUUCCAUCCGCGACAAGUUCCUGGAUAUGCAGAGGAUUGGAGACAGAGAUGAGUUGGACGCCCGUAAUUCAGACAACAGGCCUGAAACCAUCUUCGAGGCCUGUUCCCGGCUGUUCAAUGACCCAGAAAAAGAAGUGUACUCUCAGUGCUUACCUGAUUUGCACUAUUCCUUUGCAGAAGUUCUCGAUUGUUGUUUUGAAAAAAUGCCAGGACUUGUAACACCGGAUGAAGUGAAGCGCCGCUGGGGUGAUUGCCGUGCAAAGUUGAUCAAGAUCAUUGCGAAGUGGGAGCUGAGUGGUAAUGGUUUCGGCCAGAGGCAUGAAGGUGAGGAUGAGUUCGGCCACAUGGGAGAGGACGAGAUGGAGUGUGGUGACAACAGAGCCAACUUCUUGGAUUCCCAAACCAAGGAGCACAUUCUGUAUCUCUGGCAUGUGUCCGAUGAGCAGCAGAUCUUGAAGAAUGUGAUGUGUGUCAUCGCUGAAUCUUCCGCCGCGUCCUCUGAGAUUUGUUCUUCGGUGGCAGGAACAGAUCAAGCGACAUCUGCCCGCAAGAGGAGAACCGAUGAGAGGGCACUUGGUUUCUUCCGUGCCAAGAUGAGUCUUGCCAUGCAUACGAUGUCCCGUGCUGCCAUUUUCAAGGAACUCCGUGAGACCCAAGAGAAGCUUUUCGAGGCACAACUCAGGGUCAUGGAGGUUUCCAACGCGGAAAUCAGUGAGAUGUGGAUGGGUAGAGUCCGGUAUCUCGAAGCUCAAGUUGCAGCUGUCAAGGAAUGCUUGGACAGUUUGGCAUUGGAGGAGGAGGAGCAAAAGCCGGCCAAGAAAAAGAAGAGGAAGGUUGUCAUUUCUCCCCUCACCCAGCAAACUAGUCUUGAAUCCGACAGUGAUGAAGAAGAGGAUAAUGAAGAGGAUUGA